UCUCGUCUGCCCGAGUUGAAGGACAUGUCCUUUAGGGAGAGCAGAAAAGCGAGCGGCCCAGGGGAUAUAACUCCAGUCGCUCUAGAGCUGGGAAGUCGUCUGCUGCUCACUCUCGUCAGAACUUGAAAUCAAACAAACAAUCGAAAUGGCUUUGGCUGAUAACGACAAGAAAGCUCUGGAAAGCUCAUGGAAGAAACUGGUCGGGUCUGGUGCCGAUGGCAAACAGAACGCUGGAAUCAACCUGGUACUCUGGAUGUUCGAGAACGUUCCCAACAUGCGCGACAAAUUCUCCAAGUUCAACGCCAACCAGCCUGAUGCCGCCCUGAAGGGUGACGCCGAGUUUCUCAAACAGGUGCAGACGAUCGUGGGCGUCCUUGACACCCUGAUUGGCCAGGUCAACAACCCCGGUCAGUGCACGGCCACCAUGGAGAAACUGGCCAAACAGCACAUCAACAUGACCCCCAGCAUUGGACUCGAGUAUUUUGGACCACUGCAACAGAACAUCCACCUGUUCCUUGAGAAGAGCCUUGGUGUUGGCUCCGGAAGUGACGAAGUCAAGGCUUGGACAAACUUCCUCGGUGCCUUCAACGACAUCUUGAAGAAAGCAUAAGGUGGAUUCUGGAGCAUACUGCAACAUUCUGUUCUCAUCGCUUAUCCGAUUCUGUAUUUUGGGGUAGAUGUCUAGUUUUGGGAUCAUGUCUAUGGAAAAACGAACCAGUAAAAGUAUUUGUGUUUCGGAAAUUUUAGUUUUAUUGAAAGGGAAAUAACUUCAUGUUAAUUAUAAGGGAGAAAACUCAAGGGAGAAAACUCAACUCGUGAUCACUCAAAAUGUUGUUAAAUGUAUUGUUGCAUAUAUGUUGCUUAUGAUAAAUGUAUUGUUGCUGUUUUGUUGGUUUCAAGAGGCUAGGCUAAAUAUAGCAGCCUAGGUGGACAAUGGCCAUCUAUUUUUAACUGCUGAUGUCAGCGUUUCAUUAGUGCAUAAUACAACUAAACGUUAAUUAAAAUUUGAUUCGUUUUAAUCAUGUUGUAUUUUGGAUAUUUAAUUUAUAAAUGAAAUGUUUUUAUAUAAUAAGAUUUUAAAAAACACUCAAAUCGAUAUCAUUAAUAAAAUCGAUUACGCUGUAACGUAGCCAAGGAAUAACGACAAGAAUACAUUUAUAAAUCAGAAUUAUUAACCAUACUCGUAGAUGCACUGAUCGCACGUCACCGGAACGAUACCGCGAUAUUCGAAUACCUCCACGGUAAGGGUAGCGCGGCGACCGGUGAGUGCCGGUCAGGGCUAGUGAUGCCGGCUUCAUAGGCCUUCUGUUGGUACCCAGUCUUUUAUUGUUAUAUUUUUAUUGGACAUUUCCUAGUGCCUGUCAAGAAAAUAAAGUCUUCUUUUUACACACCA